UGCCGCCAGCCCGAUGGCCGCGCUCCCGGAGGCCUGUGGCGUCAGCCUGGCCUCUCGCCAACUCGCGCGAAUUUGAAGAGGGACGGCCGGCCAGGUGCUCGCUCCUCCUGCCUCGAAGCAGGUCCCACCACUGGGCCCCGGACCGCAACCCGGGGAGCACUACUCGCUGGUGCGGCCCCCGGGCCGGGAGUGGCCCCAAACUCGCCCGUCCAGCCCAGCCGCCCGGGCCGCCUCUCCGCCUCGGGGCUGCCUUGAGGCCUGGAGGGCCGUCGAGCACAGCUCCAGCGCGCACCGCCUCUCCUUGACUCCUCUCGCGUCGCCGACCGUGGAAGGGCACUUUCGGCCCACGGGGCCCGGGAGGCCGCUGCAGCCUAGGACAGGCGGCUCCGGGUCCGGCUGGUCCGUGGGGACAGUGCAGAGCGCGCCUCUUGGAUGAGAUCCCGCAGCGACGCCCAGCCCGCCCCGCUCCUCCUCCUGCCUGGCCAAGCUGCCUCCCAUUUGGGAAGUUUUGUGGGUUUUCUUUCUCCUCCAACCUUGGCGGAGACCCCUGCUCAAGCGCCACAGCCGGAGGCCGCCUCCUCGCGUGCAGACCGCGAACCAUGGUGCCGGGCAGCCAAAGCUGAAGACAUUGAACCCGAGCCUGGCCUGAAGCAGGCGGUGCUGGAGGUUGAGGCCAUGGCUAUUGCCACGUCGAGGCUGCGGCUGAAUGGAGGGGAGGGGGCAAGUGUAGCCCCAGACCUAUCUGCUCUUUUCUGGGCGGGAACAGAUGGCCGCUGCUGGCUGGCAGGGCACUCGACAUGGAGAAUGAGGUGGGAAAAAGAAUGCGGAAAAGUAAGCAAAAAAUAGAUAAAAAGAGGCGCUGGUCAGAUAGAAUUAGGAGAAGAGCAUUGUAAGUAGGGAAAAAGGCAUCUACAAAGGCCCUGAAGCCAGAAAGAGCGCCUUCCAAGAAUGGAAUGGAGAGCACUGGAGAUGAAGCCAGAGACAACACAGGGCCCUAAGGAGCAGCCAAGUCAGGAGGGAAAUUUUCAGCUUGAAGGAAAUGUGCAGCUUGACAGGACUGCUGCAUGUGUGAAGACCCUUACCCUCACUUCUCCCUCAUCCACCAGGCCCAGCUGGCCCGGGCACUGUACGACAACACCGCUGAGUCCCCCCAGGAGCUGUCUUUCCGCCGAGGAGAUGUUCUACGGGUCCUGCAAAGGGAGGGCGCUGGCGGACUGGAUGGCUGGUGCCUCUGCUCCCUGCAUGGCCAGCAGGGCAUUGUGCCCGCCAACAGAGUGAAGCUCCUCCCUGCUGGCCCAGCACCCAAACCCAGCCUCUCCCUGGCACCCUCCACCCAGGCUGGCUCACCAUACCCGCCCCCAGAGCGUGACAAUGAGGAGCAAGAGGUGUAUGUGGUACCACCCCCAGCCCGGCCCUGUCCUGCCACAGGACCUCUGUCUGGAUCCUGCCCACCCUCUCCUGACCCCAUCUACAAGGUCCCCAGAGGCAGUGGAGAUGCCUUAGAGGUCUAUGAUGUGCCCUCCACUGCCCUCCGGACUCCCUCCAGUGACCCCUAUGACUCCCCAGCCUCUUUUUCCCGCCCUUUGGCUCCGGUUGCCCCUCAGCCUCCUGGAGAGGCUGACGCUACCUAUGAUGUGCCUCUGGCCCCAAAGCUUCCCACAGAGCUGGAGCCAGAUCUGGAGUGGGAAGGGGGCCGGGAACAAGGGCCACCUCUCUAUGCUGCCCCCUCCAACCUGAAACGGGCAUCAGCCCUCCUCAACCUGUAUGAAGCACCUGAGGAACUUACAAAUGGAGAGGGCGGGGAUACUGAUGAGGGCAUCUACGAUGUGCCCCUGCUGGGGCCUGAGGCACCCCCUUCUCCAGAGCCCCCAGGAGCCCCAGCCUCCAAUGACCUGGACACCCUGGCUGGGCUUCUGCCCAGAAGCCCCCCACCCCCACACAGGCCCAGGCUGCCCUCUGCUGAAAGCCUGUCUCGGCGCCCUCUGCCUGCCCUGCCUGUCCCUGAGGCUCCCAUCCCUUCUCCGGCUCCCUCUCCUGCCCCAGGCCGAAAAGGCAGUAUCCAGGACCGGCCUCUACCCCCACCCCCACCCCGCCUUCCUGGCUAUGGGGGCCUCAAGGUAGAGGGGAAUCCAGAGGGCAGAGAGGUGGAGGACGAUCCUGCAGGACCCCACAAUGAGUAUGAAGGCAUCCCAAUAGCAGAGGAGUACGACUACGUCCACCUGAAGGGUAUGGAUAAAGCUCAGGAAUCUAGGCCUCUGGAUAAAGCUUUUCCAGAGGAUCCUGAGGCGCUGGAGAGGGGGUUGCCAGAGCAGCAGGAAGCCCUUUCCCCAGGGGAGCCGCUGGUUCUGUCCACCGGAGACCAACAGCUCUUGCACUUCUAUGCAGGGCAGUGCCAGAGCCACUACUCAGCACUGCAGGCGGCCGUGGCAACCCUCAUGUCCAGCACCCAGGCCAACCAGCCCCCACGCCUCUUCGUGCCCCACGGCAAGCGGGUGGUGGUGGCUGCUCACCGCCUGGUGUUUGUUGGGGACACCCUGGGCCGGCUGGCAGCCUCUGCUCCUCUCCGAGCACAGGUUGGGGCUGCAGGCACAGCACUGGGCCAAGCCUUGCAGGCCACUGUCCUGGCUGUCAAGGGGGCAGCCCUGGGCUAUCCAUCUGGCCCUGCAGCCCAGGAGAUGGCGCGAUGUGUGGCAGAACUAUCAGGGCAGGCCCUGCAAUUUACCACCCUGCUCACCAGUCUGGCCCCUUGAGCCUGCAUUGGCACAACCUUCCCUUCCCUGCCUGCCAGAGCCACCCUCCAAGUCUUGGAUGGCUAAGGAAUCUGUUUUAGGAAGGGGAGGCAUGUCUCCCCUUCUCCGCCCUUCUGGUCAUCUCAGCCUCUCAUAGGCAUCUCUUCCCCCUUCCCCACAGCUUUUUGUACGAGCCAUUUUAUAUAAAUUAUUUAUAUUUAAUGUUAUUCCCUGCUUUGUCAGGACAGGAAGGAACUGGAUUUUCCUCUCUAGCCUCUGGUGGAGGCUCCGGCACUGCCUUCCACCUCUGAAAGUCUGGUGCACACAGAAUCGGGUGGUGGAAACUAAGGGCCGCACAGAGCCUCUUAUCCUGCCCCUUGGCUCCAGAACAUCAACACCACACUGAUAGUUGGGGGAACAGAGACCUCAACGUUGACUGCCCAGAAUGUGAAGGUCUGGGACACCCAAGGGCGCCUCCUCUCAGAAGGUUGGGGAGCUUGGCCUUUGGCAUGGGCGUGCAUCUCAAUAAAGCCUGAGUUCUGGU